AUGAUAUCAGUAGCAUUUCAUGGAACAAGAGCAUAUCUUAUAGACAAAAGUCUUAUACCAAUAGUUUUGUUAUGGUUAGACCCAGUUGUUGGAUAUAACUUCAUAACAUAUGGUUCAUUCGAUACGGAACGUUGCAGUGAAGGCUUACUUUACAUCGUUCAGAAACCGAAGGACUUCAACACAAAAAGAUAUAAGAUAGGAAGGACAUAUAAUAUAACUCAAAGAUAUGACAGUACAGUCAAUAGAGUCAAGGUUGUGUUCGUUAAUGAUAUGAGAGCUGCUGAAACAGAACUACUCGAAAAGUUUGAGAAAAUGUAUGGUGCUCCCACGAAAGGUAAAGAAACGUUUGAAGUAGAUGAGAUAGAUAAAGCUAUAAAAUUAUUUGACGAAGUUGCUGAAAAAUACAUGUAA